AUGUAUGCACGGGCUGGCGGCUUCACUGAAGGGUACCUCGAGGACAGCGGUGUUCGGCCAACCUGCUCUAGAAGCACAAUCUCCAAUACCAUCAGGGAGAGAUUAAUUUUCCAUCAUGUGCUCGGGCAGGGAAGUUAUGGUAAGGUCGUCUUGGCGGAGGAUACUUCUAACCAUCAGAAGUAUGCUGUUAAGAUCAUCAGCAAGAGAGCCAUGCUUGCCAACUGCGAUGACGCGGAUGUGUUGGUGGAGCACCGAGUCUUACAGCUGGCAUCUGGGAGCCCCUUCCUUGUCCACGCAGACUUUGCAUUUGUCAUGAUGCUUGUUCUACUUGGUCUGGAAUACAUGAGCUGCGGGGACUUUGAUCAGUUCCUAAACAUGAAGGGGCGGCUUGACAUCCCCAGUGCAAGAUUCUAUGCCGCUGAGCUCGUGUGUGGCAUACAAUAUCUCCAUUCUAAGGGCAUCAUCCACAGAGACCUCAAGCCCGAGAACAUCCUGGUGGCUGAGACGGGCCAUAUUAAGAUCACGGAUUUCGGUCUCGCACUUGAGAACAUGCUUGGAGACCGCACAGCCACCGAAUAUGCUGGAACAGAAGGCUAUGUGGCUCCUGAGAUGCUGGCUAAGGAGGAGUAUGGCGUUGGAGUGGACUGGUAUUCAUUUGGUGUCAUCUUAAAUGAAAUGAUUACCAGUAAGUGUACGUACGAUCCUACACAAUUUAACACCACACACUCCAGCGCUGAAGACAUCAUUAAAGAGCUCCUCCAGAGAGAUCCUGCCAAGCGCUUAGGAGUCCAUGGUAACAUCCGAGGCCAUCAUUUCUUCCAGCAUAUUGACUGGGUCUCUGUGGAAGCCCUUCAGAUGCCACCACCACACAUCCCUGUACCAUCUAUACCUCAACGCUGUUCCAAACAAUUCAACCUGGACAAAAUGGAGGCAGCCGCCAAGAAGCGACGAUUGCCACUGAAACAUCAAGCCAUUUUCAGAGGGUUAUCAUUUGUCACCCAGUAAACCCUCCACCAGCUCUAAUGUCACCAGAGCAAGAUGUCCUCCUGAGCCCCUGGAGAAGAUGAAUGGAUGGACAGAAGAACAGAUCCAGUAUGAAGACAACAGGUAAGUAUAGACUGGAUCCUGGAAGCCCUCCCUGCGAUUGGACUGAAGGAAAACAUCUUGAAGACAUUUGACGACAGAGGACACUGAUCCUGGAGCCGAUCCCACUGGAUGAUGGAUGUGUACGGGCAUUUGAUCCAGGGACUAUUUUCCCACUGCUUUAUUUGCAGUCUGGAAGGAGUGUUUUUCCCCUUAGAUUAGGACAGAUUGGCAGAUGUCAUAAAGGGGUUUUUUCUCUCCUUCUUCUGGAUCAACACAGUUGCCCUCCCCCCAAUUCAGCCAUUCACUUAAUUCAAAGUACAAUUUGGCCAACCCCUUGCGGACAGAUUAUUUAGUAAUUGAUUCUGGGACUAAUCUGACUGCCAUGCAUGGAGUCGGGAAGGAAUCUUUCCUCAUUACAAGCUGAUGGCUGAGGCUCAGUGAGGUUUUUUCGCCUUCCUCUGGAUUAAUAAUAUCUGAUCCAGGGAAAUCGUCUGACUGCCCUAAGCGGAGUCGGGAAGGAAUUUUUCCCCCUACAGGGGGUUUUUUCGCCUUCCCCUGAAUCAAUAAAAGUCAAUGGAUGUAACUUAUCCUCGACUUUGAUUUGCAAUUUACACCAAAACUUCAGUCCCAUCAUUAAUAAGAUUAUAAAUUAAAUAAAAUUCUCCAU